GAGACUUUGGUUCCUGGAACCGCAGCACAGCAGGCUCCCCGCGCGCUCCUACAGGGAUGAGGAACCAGCAGCGGGUCUUUGGUUUCUGACUGUCCGCAUUACUCUGAGUCGUCCAGGUGUGGCUGCUCCACCUGCGGCGGCGGUUUGACGGCGUAAAGGUUCGGACUUUGUUGAACUUCGGGACAGCUGCGGUGUGUUGGAGCUCACGAUGCCGGAGCUGAUCAGCGUGACGGAGUUUGUUGCGGAGACCAAUGAGGACUACAAAGCUCCGACCACCUCCAGCUUCACCACCCGGAUGUCCCAAUGCAGAAACACGGUGGCAUCGCUGGAGGAGGCUCUGGACCUGGACAGGUCAGUUCUGUACAAGAUCAAGAAGUCUGUGAAGGCCAUCAACACGUCUGGUCAGGCUCAUGUGGAGAAUGAGGAGCAGUACAUCCAGUCCAUGGAGAAGUUUGGGGACAACUGCAUGUCCAGGGAUGACGCUGAAGUUGGUGCCGCCUUCCUCAAGUUCGCCAUUUUCACCAAAGAGCUGACAGGACUCUUUAAAAACCUGUUGCAGAACAUGAACAACAUCAUCACUUUUCCUCUGGACAGUCUGCUGAAAGGAGACCUGAAAGGAGUGAAAGGGGACCUGAAGAAGCCGUUUGAUAAAGCCUGGAAGGAUUACGAGACCAAGCUAGCGAAGAUCGAGAAGGAGAAGAGGGAACACGCCAAGCAGCACGGCAUGAUUCGGACCGAGUUCAGCGGCGGAGAGAUUGCAGAAGACAUGGAGAAGGAAAGGCAGAUGUUCCAGCUGCAGAUGUGUGAGUAUCUGAUAAAAGUGAACGAGAUCAAACUGAAGAAAGGUGCAGACUUCCUCCAGAACCUCAUCAAGUAUUUCCACGCUCAGUGCAACUUCUUUCAGGACGGGCUGAAAGCCGUGGAGAGUCUGAAACCGUCUGUAGAGAAACUGGCCACCGACCUGACAGCGAUCAAACAGACUCAGGAUGGAGAGAGGAAGCAGCUGGCUCAGCUCAGAGACGUCCUGAAGGCGUCGCUGCAGGCCGAGCAGAAAGAGGACGCUCAGGCGAAGCAGAACGCAGGUUACAGCCUCCAUCAGCUGCAGGGAAACAAGGCCCACGGCACCGAGCGCUCCGGAGUCCUCUACAAGAAAAGUGAGGGGCUCAGGAAGGUCUGGCAGAAGAGGAAGUGCUCUGUGAAAAAUGGCUUCCUGACCAUCAGCCACGGCACGCCUAAUGCACCACCUGCCAAACUGAACCUGCUCACCUGCCAGGUGAAAAAGAGUCCAGACGAGAAGAGCUUCGACCUGUUCUCACACGACAGAACGUACCACUUCCAGGCCGAGGAUGAGGCCGAGUGUCAGAUCUGGGUGUCGGUGCUGCAGAACAGUAAAGAGGAGGCGCUUAACAAGGCCUUUAAAGGCGACCAGGACGAAGGAGAGAACAACAUCGUGCAGGAGCUGACCAAAGCCAUCGUAGAUGAGGUGAAGAAGAUGAGCGGCAACGACAGCUGCUGCGACUGUGGAGCUGCAGGUCCCACCUGGCUUUCCACCAACCUCGGGGUGCUGAUCUGUAUCGAGUGCUCGGGGAUCCACAGGGAGAUGGGGGUCCACUACUCCAGGAUCCAGAGUCUGGACCUGGAUGUCCUGGGAACCUCUGAGCUGCUGUUGGCAAAGAAUGUGGGAAAUGCCAGCUUCAACGAGAUCAUGGAGGCAGAUCUGUCGGCGCAGGAUGUGACCAAACCUGAACCUAGCAGCGGCAUGCAGAUGAGGAAGGACUACAUCACCGCCAAGUACACGGAGAAGCGCUUCGCCCGCCGGGUGUGUCCCAACGCCGAGUCCAGGCUGCAGCGUCUGUACGAGGCCGUCAGAAACCGAGACAUCCUGUCACUCAUCCGGGUCUACGCAGAGGGGGUAGACCUGAUGGAGUCCCUCCCACAGCCCAACGAACAUGAACCUGGAGAGACGGUGCUGCACCUGGCGGUCCGGAUGGUGGACAGAAACUCUCUCCACAUUGUGGACUUCCUGGCUCAGAACAGUGCAAACCUGGACAGACAGACGUCCAAAGGAAGCACAGCGCUGCAUUACUGCUGCCUGACGGACAACAGCGAGUGUCUCAAACUGCUGCUGAGGGGAAAAGCUUCAGUUUCCACCACAAACGAAGCAGGAGAAACUCCGCUGGACAUCGCGAAGCGUCUGCGACACACUAACUGCGAAGAGCUGCUGACUCAGGCUCAGACGGGGAAGUUCAAUGUCCACGUUCAUGUCGAGUAUGAGUGGCGUCUCCAAAACGAGUCGCUGGACGAGAGUGAUGACGAGAUGGAGGACAAGCCCAUCUCAAAGGACCGUCCGGUCAGCUGCUUCGUGUCCAGCAGCGGCCCCUUGCAGCCCAAUCUUGCAGCACUGGCCCGGGAUGCUGCCUUAGUGGCGCGGGAUAAACAGAAGCCUGCGAUCCCGAGCACCGUACUCAGUAACGAAACAUACGGCACCAUGCUGGACCUGAACCUGCUGCCGUUGGGGCCAACCCCUCCGCUGCCUCCCAGGGCUCCAAACAGAGGACCUGGAGUGAGUAAGCCUGAUGGCAUGGAAACGGUAGGAAGGCAGCGUUCAUCCUCCGACCCUCCCAUUCCUUUUACACCUGAGUUGAACUCCUCCAUGUAUGUGCUCCCAGCAGCUCCUCCUCCUCCACCCAGCAAGAGGACCACCAUUUUGGAAACUAAAAUUGUGUCUGUCAAGAACACACCCCUCCCUCCUCUGCCUCCACCACCAUCAGGACUCCCCUCUGUCCCACAUCUACCUCCAGUGCCACCACCACCUGACUACAAAGCUCCACUCCUCCCCCCAAGUGUUCCAAGCCACCAGGCCAAAAGACCAGCAGGACCGCCAGUACCACCAGCACCACCACCACCACCAGGACCGCUAGUGCCACCAGUCCCACCAGUGCCACCAGUACCACCAGUACCAUCAGUGCCACCAGUACCAACUCGACCCAAGUCCCCCAAAUCUUCCGCCGAAUCAGUAAAAACAAAUCAUCCUCAGCGACCUCCAGUCAGGACUGCAUCAGUGACCAAACAAGAUCUUCAGUCAAAAGCUUCUCAAAGUUCAGCUCCUCCAGCACCCAAACCCAGAACCACCUUCUCCAAGCAGAAGCCUCAGAGGGUGAAGGCCAUCUACAACUGUGCUGCUGAUAAUCCGGAUGAGCUGACGUUCAGUGAGGGCGAGGUGAUUGUGGUGGAGGGCGAGGAGGACAGCGAGUGGUGGAUCGGUCACAUCGAAGCAGAGCCGACCAGACGAGGAGCGUUUCCCAUCACCUUCGUUCACUUCAUCACAGAGUGAUCGGUCACGGCCUCAUGGUGCUCACGUCCUCAAGCCACAGUCAGAGUCAAACCAGGUCAGGACAAAGACCUGAACCUCAUCCUGGACCAGCCGUGAGGUUCCAGGCUGAGCUGAACAUCAAAAACAACCCAAACUCAGACGUUUCUUCUUCCUGAUGACUCUGAUGUUAGAUGUGAGCACUGAAUGCUGCUUUACUUCAAACACUCAGGAUUUUAUCUGAAAUCAGCCUGGAUGUUGGAAUUUCUGGACAAAUAAGUUGAAUAAUUUCACAGAGUGGAAACAUGAUAAGCAAACAGCAGGAGAAGACUGUUUCCAGCAGAUCUGUGAUCAAACGUGGAGAAAAUGUGCCUUGAAACGCUCUUGGAUACACCUCACUGCCCUCUACAGGCAGAGAGAAGUAACUACAGCAACAGAAAAUAAGGUUUGAAUUCCAAACCACAGAUGUAUUUGGAGCUUGGAUGAAUUCAACUUUGUGUCUUUUAAGCUCAUUUUUAUUUAUAUUAAAAUAAUAUUUUAAUAUAAAUGGGCCAGAACCUGAACAGAGAUGUUGGUUGGACAUGUUCUGCUUCUGGUAUCAAACCUGUCGCUGUUUAACGAAUAUUUGGUUCUCUGCAGGAAAACUGGAUUAUUUUUAUUAAAUAUAGAAUAGGAACAUUCUAAAGGAUUUUAUUGUCUUCUCUUUAUUAAAAACACUUGAAAUGAAACUGCUCUUUUUUGGCAUUAGUUUGUCUUGUUUCUUGUCUCAUCUAAAUAUUUACUUCCUCCAUCUGGCUUUUAUUUCCUCCCACUAUCUUUAAAAUCUGCAGCCGCCCUUCCCUUGUGGGAAUAAAACCAAGAUGUUCAGCUCUCC